AUGCUUGACCAAGAUGGUGAGGGCAAUUCUUCCAGUCGAUCAGAGCUCAUCGAGUUUAUCAACCAAGAAUUGAGCAUGCCAUUUCAGGUGCAUUCAAUUCACCGUCAGCUAUUUCAAGCAGCGAAGAAACACGUGACCAAUGAGAUUUCCUUGUGUGACUUGCUGGAUAUGUUCAACCAAGUGUUGAGUAAGUGCGUGUACCCAAAAUGGAUUGGCUUUGCUGCUGAUUGUGCUGAGAUGUAUGUUGCUCGCGGAGGACAUUUCGUUGAAAAAUCUGAGCAGGUGUGGGGCUCUGUGGAUACUUUGCAACAGUUCAUGAGCUUACGUUUGAAGUACUUGCAAAGCUUCUUGCACAAUGAGCUCAAAGGUAACGGCUCAAACAAGCUCAGCAUGACGCCCAUUGUGAAAGCACACUUGACUUUUUUCACUACGGAGGAUAAUCCAACGAUGAUUCAUCAGCUAUCUGCCUUGGAUUUGGUCAUUCCAUGUGACUCGUGGGCAGAGGUGUGGAGUGAAUCGUUAUGCAGUUCCAGCAGCUCAAAAGAACUCGUUGAAGCAUUGGCCAAAUCCUUGAAGAUUGACAUCAAUCAGUUCGUCAAGAAGAUGAACAUUGGUAUGAAAGCUGAUUAUGGCCCAGAUGACAAAGACAAGAACAUGGGAAAAGAAAAGGUGAACAAAGAUGAUGUCGAUAUGACAGAAACAACACAUGUUGAUGAUGCCGAGGCAGCACAGAAAACCGAUGGCAAUGCACAUGCGGAUGAUGCAAAUGCCAAAGCUGACCAAGAUCCUGAUGAUUUCGAACACAGUCUUGGAGGUCAGUUUCCUUUGAAAGAAACAUUCUUCUACAAAGAACCGAAAUCAGAGCUGAUGCAAGACAGUAGUGAUGCCAAGCAGUUGGGUUUGACAAGUUUGUCAACUGUGGACAUCAUGAGGUUGAAGUCACAGCUUGAGACCAUCAUGUGGUCAGCAUUUGGAGAAUGCAUGGAAAAGUCUAAGGACAAAAAGAAAUCGGAAUUCCUGAAAGCUGAUGUGAAGAAACUCAAAGCUCACAUGGACAAGGACGAGGUUUCAAUUAUGCCAUUCAUCGGGAACAUCAGUUUGAUGAAGAUCAAAGAUGCGUUCAAAAUUGCGACCAUGUUCGGUGUAGACUUUUUCAUGACCAAAUCUGGACAUGAUCUUGGCUCGGAUAUCAUUUGUCCAGCAUGGGCAUGUUCUUCAGUGAGUCGUGCUGAUCAAAGUUUCUUCGAACUCAAGAAGGAAUGGCAUGGCAUCAUUCCAGAUCCAAACUUGGAAAGCAAACUCGACAAGCUCAAGGAGUCUUUCAAGAAAUCAUCGGCCAACAAAAUCAACCGAUUGGAGAAAAAGAAAGGUACACUUAUCAAGAAGAUUGAAUCGCAAAAAAAGAAAGGUGAUGAUGCAAGUGCUUCAGAGAAGGCAUUGGCCAAGUUGAAUGCAGAGAUCAUUGAGGAGAACGGUGGUGGCUCUUUCGAAUUUGAGUCAUUCAUUCCUGUGGCACGUAUGCAGACUGAAAGUGAGUUUGAAGGGAAAUCAUGCCGUCAAAAGUCAUUGAGUGAAGCUUUGGCAGCUGCAUCCAAAGAAAAGGAUGAGUCGGGCGGUGGUGAUACCAAAAUCAAUUUCGGAAUGCAAGGAAUGGUGAAACAGUUGCGCGAUGAAGGUGUGAUGGACUUGAAAAAUGCCAACCCUUCGGCCCGAAUCUCCGUGAAACUCGUGGCCCGAAUUGGCAUUGGCGUCAUUGCAUCAGGUGUUGUGAAGGGUAAGGCUGACCACCUGACCAUCAGUGGAAUGUCGGGUGGAACUGGUGCUGCCAAGUGGGGCUCCAUCAAGCACUGUGGCCUUCCCUGGGAGAUUGGCCUUGCCGAGACCCAUCAGACCCUGGUGCUGAACGGUUUGAGGAACCGUGUGACCCUUCAGACCGAUGGCCAAGUGCGAACGGGUCGUGAUGUUGUGAUUGCCGCCAUGCUGGGGGCGGAGGAGAUUGCAAUGACAACGGCUCCACUGAUCACCUUGGGAUGCAUCAUGAUGAGAAAGUGCCACUUGAACACAUGCCCUGUGGGUGUUGCGACCCAGGAUCCAGAGCUCCGACAGAAAUUCACGGGUCAACCAGAGCACCUGAUCAACUUCCUCUUCAUGGUGGCUGAGGAAGCACGUGAGAUCAUGGCAUCUCUGGGUAUCAAGAAGUUCACUGAACUCAUCGGCCGCACAGACUUGUUGAGGCCCAAGGGCUAUUUGAAGGACAAUCCCAAGACUGCGGACUUGGACUUUGCAGAUCUGCUGAAACCUGCUUGGACCAUGGAGUCCAUGAUGGGCAAUUCGGCAGACAAUCCCAUGUACUGUUGCGAGCCUCAGGACCAUGAGUUGGCCCAUGCCUUGGACCAGAGCUUGGUGAGUCGCUGCUCCAGCGUCCUCACUGACUCCUCCAACAGCAAGGUGCGGUUGAAGGGCGUUCCAAUCAACAACGUGGACCGCUCCGUGGGCGGAAUCCUCAGCUUUGAGGUCAGCAAGAAGUUCGGGGCAAAAGGAUUGCCAGAGGGUUCCCUGCACAUCAACUUCAUUGGCAGCUCGGGUCAGUCCUUUGGAAAUUUCUUGGCCCCAGGCAUCACCUUCGAGCUGGAGGGCGAUGCAAACGACUACAUUGGAAAAGGUCUCAGCGGAGGAACCAUUGUGGUGUACAAGCCCAAAGAGGCAUCCUACAACUCUGAGAGUGCCAUCAUCGCUGGCAAUGCCGCGUUAUAUGGUGCGACUGACGGCAAGGCCUUCUUCGGCGGCAUCGCAGCAGAGCGUUUCGCGGUGCGAAACUCUGGCGCGACAGCGGUCUGUGAGGGCGUUGGUGACCACGGCUGCGAGUACAUGACACGAGGCACUGUUAUCGUCCUCGGCCAGAUGGGACAGAACUUUGCCGCUGGCAUGAGCGGCGGAGUGGCCUAUGUGUUGGAUUUGGAAGAGAAGCUUUGCAAUGCCUCAGGGGUGCACCUUGAGAAGAUUGAGGAAGAGGAGGACGACCUUGCUGAAAAACCUGAUCUCAGAGCAUGCUCAGCUGACAGGCGCAAUGGGUUUUCCAAAGGCAGCAAGGUGGCUAACGAUCUGCUUCAGAAGUGGAGCGAUGCCUUGAAACGCUUCACCAAGGUUUUCCCGAAGGAGUACAAAAAGGCCUUGCUCGCUCUCAAGGAGAAGGAGAAGGCGGUCACGGAGGUUCCCAAGGUCGUCGAACCCGAAGCUCCCAAACCCCGUGCACGUACGGGAACGUUGGACAUGGAGGAUGUGGGUGGCAAGCCCGUUUCUGUGCAAAACCCUGAGAAGAAGAAGGGCUUCCACGAAUAUGAACGCAAGGCUAUGCCCUACCGAGAUCACAAGGAUCGAGUGUUGGACUGGGAGGAGGUCUAUGCAUCCCAAACCAAGAAGAGUCAGCAGUGGCACAACUGGAUGCAGACACAGACAGCACGAUGCAUGGAUUGCGGCACACCUACCUGCCACAGUCCGAACCAGGGUGGUGGAGGCUGCCCCUUGGGCAACCGCAUCCCCACCUGGAAUCAGCUGGUGCAUGAGGGCGAGUGGAAGAGGGCCUUGGAGCGAUUGCUGGACACCAACAACUUCCCAGAGUUCACUGGAACGACCUGUCCUGCACCAUGUGAGGAGGCAUGUGUUUUGGGCAUCAACGAGAAGCCGGUGGCCAUCAAGACCACUGAGCUUGCCAUCAUCGAGUACGGCUUCUCUAAGGGAUGGAUCAAGCCACAGCCGCCGCUGAGCCGCACAGGGCGUCGCGUCUGUAUCAUCGGCAGUGGCCCAGCGGGCCUGGCUGCGGCGCAGCAGCUGAACCGUGCAGGGCAUCUGGUGGAGGUGCUGGAGAGGGCGGAUCGUGCUGGUGGUCUCUUGAUGUAUGGUAUCCCAUCCAUGAAGCUGGACAAGAUCGAGAAGGUCCUCCGUCGCAUCAAGCUGCUUCAGCAGGAAGGUAUCGUCUUCAAAUGCAACACGGAAGUUGGUCGGGAUGUCUCUCUUGGUGACCUGUGCAAUAAGAACGAUGCGGUGAUCAUGGCCACCGGUGCUACGAUGUGGCGCGACAUGCGCAGCACUGAGAAUCGACAGUUUGGCAACGUGGUCCAGGCCAUGGAGUUCCUCACAGCGACCCAGAGGAAGAACUUGGACACCGAGAUGGGUCUGAAGAAAACGGACGUGACAAAUUAUGAUGUCCAGGACAAGAGAGUGGUUGUGAUCGGUGGUGGGGACACAGCGGUCGACUGCGUUGGCACAGCCAUCCGCUUGGGUGCCAAGAGCGUUCUGCAGUUCUCACGCCGUGAUGAAGCUCCCACAGGCAGAUCGAAGCACACUCCAUGGCCUUGCUGGGCGGACACCUACCGUGUGGACUACGCGCACUCCGAAGGGCAGGCAGCCCUGGGACGUGACCCGCGUGAGUAUUUGGUGCAGACGAAGAGCUUCCGGGCCAGCGCCAAGGACAGCAGUGGACAUGGACAGCGGGAAGACCCAUCGAAGGUUGGUGCUGUCGUGGCAGCCAAGCUGACUCCUGCUGGCAAGGAGAUGGGCACAGUGGACUACCCCGCAGAGUUGGUGAUUUUGGCCAUGGGCUUCACUGGUCCUGACAAGGUUAUCGAUCCUCAGAACCAGCUGUCACGCGACCAGCAUUCCAACUUCAAGGCUGCAUAUGGAGAGUACCAAGCUGAAAGCGCGCCGUGGAGUAACCUCUACGCGUGUGGCGACUGCCGCCGUGGUGCCUCCCUGGUGGUGACUGCCAUCGCCGAGGGCCGUGACUGUGCGUCCCGUGUGGAUGCCAUGCUGAUGGGCACCACCACUUUGCCCCGUGCUGCUCCGCUGGCUGCCAACCCAACCUUCUACCAGAUGCCACAGAAGGGCAUGGAGCAAGCUGGUUUGGUCAAGAGACAUCUGCGAAAGCAUCAUCAGGUGACACAGGUGUCAGAUGCCUUCGAGAGAGGUCUGCUAGUGGAAAAUGUAAAGGAGCCUGAGGCUGAAGGAAAUUUGGAGGCCGAGCCAGAACCUCCGGUGGUGGCCAAGACCGAAACUCCUGCACCAGUUGCCGCGCCACCUGCUGCCGAUCCGCAAAUCGCGGCAAUGCAGUCGCAGGUGUCGGCCGGGUGCUGGGUCCCCCUAGGUCCCCCUAGGUCCCCCUAG